AUGGCGGCGGGGCCGGGGGAGCCGGAGUGGGGGCGGCCGGGUACCGAGGCUCUGGCCUUCCGGCAGCUGCGGGACCUCAUCGCGACCCAGGAGGCGCUAAUAGAGCGGCUGCGGCUCCGGAUAGCAAUACAGGAGGAGAAUUUUGUACGUAAGGAGGAUUAUGAGGCUGUUGUAAAGAAGUUGGAGAAAGAAGAGGAGGAGCACUCAAAGACCAAAAUCCUGCUUGCCAAGGAAGCUGAGAAGCUGCAGUUUGCGCUCGGGGAGAUUGAGGUUUUGUCCAAGCAGCUUGAAAGAGAGAAACAAGUCUUUGAAAAAGCACUUUCCAACAUUAAGAGCAAAGCGCUAAGAGAAUCCACCAAAAAAGACAAGCUAAUAAGCAAAUGCAAUGAAAUCGAGAGCCAUAUUAUGAAACAGGAGGAUCUUCUGAAUGACAAAGAGAAUGAAAUUAAGGAGCUGCAGCAGUUCAUCACCAAGCAGAAGCAAACACUCAAGACUCAAGUGUCAGACUUAAAAAUACAGAAAGAACAGGAAAGUUACAUAGCGCAAGUCCUGGAAAAGAAACAGAAGAAGGGUUUAAAGUGACUAUAUUAAACAUUACACUACAAUCCAUGUAUCCCCUCGAUACGCAACCACUGUAAAGAUUCUAGUGCCCACCGUUACUGCAGUGGCCAACAAGGCCAAUAGCAAUAUCCUAUCACUAUCUCAGGAAGGUUGUAGAUGGGUUGCCACAUUAACCUAUCAGUGGGCCCUGGCCUACACAAACAUACUUUUCCUGGCCUGGUGCAGAGGGGAGGCCCCCGUGGCAGGGGAGAGGUCAGGGAGGGGGUUGGAAAGUGAGCCCACCCUGCACUCACCCUUCAUUGGUGGCUCCUGUCCUGUGGGGCUAGGCCUAACUCCCCAUUCCAGGCAGUGCGACCUGGCACAUGGGGUUUGUGUGGCCACCACUAACUCAGAUUUGGCCCAGUUGCCCCUCUGUCAUGACAGGUGAGUGCCCAGGCCAAACCUGAGUGCAGAUACAGACUCAGGCCACUGCAGGUGUGGUUUAAUGCAGUGGCCUUUCACCUCUGGAGCCUGGUGCAAGUGAAAUUAAUUACUCAUAGACUCAUAGACUUUAAGGUCAGAAGGGACCAAUAUGGUCAUCUAGUCUGACCUCC